AUGGUGCAGACAACGGCGGUGGCGGCUGGGGGGAUGAGCACCAUUUUUGUGUCGGCCUUUCCGGCCAUGUACCAGUUGGGACUCCUCACCGACCCGGCGGCGGACUACUGGCGGCUAGUGACUCUAACGGCCGGAGUAGUGCGAAGGUUUUUCGUCCUCGAGGCGGCGAGGGACCUUCACUUGGUCUUCCCGACACCAUUGGCCACAGCCAUCACCAUCCGCGAUAUGCACCAGGCCUCGGCGGAGGGGCCUACGGGCCGGACGACCCGCCGCAAGAUGCGCAUUCUGGGAUGGACGUUUGGGUUGGCGAGCGCACUGCGAGUUGGUUCGCAGUUUGCCGUCGGAAUUCUUUGGGACUGGCAUCCAUUUACUUGGUAUUCGUACUUGGUGCCUAGCAGUGGCACGGCGCUGGGACUCGAGAGCUGGGGCUGGUACAUUGAAUGGUCGCCAGCGUUCAUCGGCACGGGCAUGCUCGUUGGGAUGCACGCAGCGGUCAACUACUUUGCCGGAUCUCUCCUUGCCUGGGGCCUCAUCGGCCCCUACUUGGUCUCCUGCGGAUCAGCUUUUGGGUCCGAGAUUCCCGGCACCGGCCUCGUCUCGUACGUCAACUUCUCGGCCGAUUACACAACCGCUUCCCAUCCCAGCCCGAGGUACUGGCUUCUUGGACCGGGCGUUGCCUGUAUGGUGGCCGUCUCCUUGACCGAAAUGGCUUGCCAGUGGCGCGCCCUGUUGUAUCCCAUCCGCGCCAUCUGGAAGAAACCCGACGAUGCCUCCUCCUCCUCCUCAAAAUCCACCGAUCCUUUCCCCUCCUCAAACCAAGUCCCAACCUACCUCUGGCUCCCCGGCUUCCUCCUCACCAUUCUCCACGGAAGCUGGGUCAUGAACACACAAUACGCCAUGCCCCUACUCACCUCCCUCCUCGCCUUCCUUCUCGCCAUGGUCCUCUCCUUCCUCACCACCCAAGCCACCGGCGCAACCGACAUCACCCCGGUCACCGCCGCAUCCACCUCCUCCCAGGUCACCCUCUCCGCCCUCUCUUCGUCGCAGGGCCUGGCCCCGCCCACCAUCCAGCGCUUCGGCCUGCUCGGCGGCGCCCUCUCCGCCCUCGGCGCCAUGCAGUCCGCCGAUCUCACGGGCGAUUUCCGCGUGGGCUUCCUGCUGCGCACCUCCCCCCGCAAGCAGUGGAUCGCGCAGUGCAUCGGCACGCUGUUUGCCUGCGUCGUCGCGCCGGGCCUCUACGUCCUCUUCUCGGAGGCAUAUCCCUGCGUCAAUCAAACGGCUUUUUCUAGUGGCGGAGAGACGGGGUCGGGGAAAUGCCCCUUCCAAGUCCCCACGGCGAGCGCAUGGCGCGCGAUUGCUCUCGCGACGACAGACCCCGACGCGGGCGGGAUGCCAGAGUCGAGCCGCAUCUUCGCGGUGGUCUUUGCCGCGGUAGGGAGCGCCAGCGUGCUGGUAAGGCAUGGGCUGUGGAACGGGAAAUGGGAGUGGGUGAGGGGGUGGCAUCCGAAUUUUAUGCUGGUGAGUUUGGGGUUCAUCAUCCCUGCGACGGUGUAUUCUACGGCCAUGUUGAUGGGUGCUUGGGGCGCGAGGUGGUGGAGUCGGAAGAGCCCCGAGACGUUUGGAAAGUAUGGGUAUGCGGUUAUUGCGGGGCUGACCAUGGGGGAGGGGGUGGGCGGCGUGGUGAAUGCUGUGAUGCAGGUUGUGGGACUGUCCGGGGAGAAGUGGGGGACGGUGGUGGGAUGUCCUUGGGGAAGGUGUUGA